CAUAAAUGGCUUUUGUGAACUUUACCCAAAUCUUGGCACCAUGAUAAAUGCCUUCAUCACUUCAUGUAGCUUUAGUAGGUCAGUGAAUCGUAUUUCACUACCACAAAGGAAAAAAUGCAUUUGACUUCUUUAACACAGCACUGAUAUGAAAUGUUACUGCUCCUGGAUUUGAAGACUGAAGAAGACCACAUGUGUAGGGGUUUUGAAAUACACUGACGUAAUGGGGCAAAUGUAGCAUACACUUGAUAAUGGUCAUUCUAGGCACUAAAUUAAAAUCUUCAUGAUAUGGUAUAAUAAAACCACAACAAACUCUGCCAUGUGUUUAUUUAAAACGUUUAUACUUCUAAACCCACCUCACCCAUUGGCCAGGUCAUAAUUUAGGACAGAUGUCAACUAUUACAUUUGCCCAUCCCUCUGAAUAAUAUACAGAUGAUGGUUCCUCUGUACUUCUCCUCUCCCUUUUACCCUUCCCACAAAUUUCGCCCCUGUCUCUGCCCCUAACCACAAUACAAGCUCAUGCAUUUCUUUCUCAUUUGCCUCCUCUCCGAUUUCUUUUGUUUUGCCAUUUCAGCGAUUUUUCAGUACUUUAUGAGCACAAUCAUCAUGAUUCGCUGUUUCCUCUAACCCUGGGUCACAGCCCUACCCAAGCAAGAAGACCAGCUGACAUCAUCCCGGAGCAGAACACAAACAUUUUAGGAGUCAACAGAUGUCGCAUUUAUAGUAUAAUUCACUUUGAGAUAAGCGAUGUUUAUAAAUCACAGAUUGUUAUAUCAUACGGUUUAUUCGUGUAAUCCUCCAAUCAUCCUUUGCAAGAAAACUAGAUUUGCCUUGACAGAAGUGAACACCAGGAUGUAAAGACUUCCUACAGGAUUAACUUCCUAAGCACUCCAGUGCCGCUUAUCAAUGGCCAAAGAGUCACAGUGCUGGGUCAUGAGCAGUUUCUUAUAGGUGCAUCUCAGCUGCUGAGUCACAAUGGGCUCUGUCGAGGAAGACCUCUCUUGUUCUGUUUGCCGAGACAUCUUCAGCCAAUCUCAGCCUUUGCCAUGUGGACACAGCUUUUGCUCGUCAUGUAUCCGUGAGGCAUGGAUUGACUGCAAACGUCUCGCCUGCCCACAGUGCCAGGACAAGCCAUGUGAGGUGCUAUGUGACUGCUGCCCUCUUGAGGCAGCAAAGGCAUUGGCUGUGAAGACCUGCUUGAGAUGUGAAGUGUCUCUAUGUGCCCAACAUUUACAGCCUCAUUUGGAGCGACUAGUGUUUAGUAGCCACCUGUUAGUGGAUCCACUGAGUGACCUUUCCCUGCGAAGGUGUCCCAGUCAUUCAGAGAUAUACCGCUAUUACUGCACUGAUGAGCGCGUGUAUGUGUGUGGGGACUGUCUGCUGGAUGGGAGUCAUGCACAACACCAAGUUAAGGCCUUGAAGCAGGUCGAAGACGAUCUGAAGGCCAUUCUCAAUGUACUGCUUCAAAAGGCAGAAGACAAGAUACAAAAUGGGGAGAAAAUUCUUAAAGAACAUGAAAAUAGUGAUUGCACUGUAAUUGAGUCAUUGAAGGAGGAUGAGGUCCAGGUGGAGCGCAUGGGCGCAGACCUGGAAACUCAAGUGAAAACCCUGGUCAUGUCUCUAAGGGAGCUGACCGAGAGACAGAGGCAGCAGAUCAUUGAGCGCGUCCAGGAAGACUGCACCAAAGUGAGACGGGAUGUGAGCCAGACACAGAGUAUCCAGGAGUACCUGUCCGCGCUGCAGGCAGAAACAGACCCCUUCCUGCUCAUUUGGGCUUUUCAGUCAGAUGACACAAAACUUUUAUCUGGCUUGAACAGCCCUCCAUUCAAUCCUGACCCCAUCAGUUUGGACAGGAAGCCCAUCUUAGAGGAAAUAGAGAGAAGGUACAGAGAGUUCAUCACAUCCACUCUGCGCAGCCUCAGUGAACUCAAGAGGGAGCUAUUGACCAGCCCAUUAACCCUGGACUUGAACACAGCUCAUCCUCUUCUGAAUGUUGCAGAGGACCUUCGUUCUGUCACUCGAGUUAACAGGCACCUGUCCCAUCCGACUCAUCCUGAACGCUUUGACCACUGGCCCCAGAUCCUCACAGUUCAGUCUGUCUCCUCUGGGACACACUACUGGGAACUGGAGGCUGAAGGCUUCUGGGAC